AUCUCUCCUCUCUCUCUCUCUCUCGGCAGAACGACCAACACAGAAAAGAGGAAGCAGAGCAGAGGGCCGCCGGAAAAGGGAAGAGGAGAAUGGCGCCGGAGCUGAGCCCCAUCGCGAGGAUGCUCCGCGGGGAGGCGGGGAAUGGUAGGGGCGGCGCGGCGAAGCCGUCGGAGAUGGUGACCAUGGAUCUGCUCGGCGGGUGCGGCGGCGACGCCGGCGUGGAGGACGAGGUCGUCGACCUGGAGGUCAAGGUGCCCGCCGGAUGGGAGAGACGGCUCGACCUGCUGUCCGGCAAGACGUUCUUGACUCCUCAUCGCCACCAGGCCGCCCAAGACGGCCACCAGGACCUCAACCAGCCUCCCACGGCAUCCACCCCCGCCGCCGUCACCACCACCUCCGCUGCGUUUUGCACCCUCGACAUGGUCCGCUACGCCCUAGAGCGCGCCGCGGCCGCGCGGUCCGCCACCUCGCCGGACACGUUGUCCUCCUCGUUGGCGUCCACCUCAUCAUCGUCCUCCUCGCUGGGAAAGCGCAGCCGCUCGCCGCCUUCAAGCACGGGGUCGCCCGCCGCGAACCCGGCCAUGCGCGCGUGUGCGUGCCCGUCCUGCUUCACGUACGUGCUCAUUGCCGAGGCCGACCCCUGGUGCCCACGGUGCGCGUCGAAGGUGCCGCCGCUUCCCAGUAAGCCCGCCGCCCACAGCAGCGGGAAGAAGCCUAGGAUUGACCUCAAUGCUGACGCCGACGAGACCGAGUGAACGGGAAAAGAUGAUAGACAAUUGGACUUGUUUCCUUUCUGGAAAAGUUUUUGCCAGUCAUUAGUUUGUUACUUCUUAGAAUAUAUCAUCAGAAGCAGUUUUUUUCGCGAGAAAACUUUCAACUAUUCAUCUUCAAUCAUAACAGUGCAACAAACACUAAAAAUAAUAAAAUUACAUCUAAUCCGUAGACCACCUACCGACGACUAUAAGCACCGAAGCAAGCCGAAGGCGCGCCGUCGUCAUUACACCUCCCUCGUCGGAGCUGGGCAAAACUUGUUGUAGUACACAGCCGGGAAGUUGUCGUACUAAGCCCCGUAGGACCAACACAACUGAACACGAACCGUCGCCGAUGAAGAGUAGCGUAGAUAGGAAAGAUCCAACCUGAAAACACAUGAACCUAGACGAACUACGACCAGAUCCGAGCAAAUCCAUCAAGGAUAGAUCCGCCGGAGACACACCUCCACACGCCCACCGAUGAUGCUAGACACACCAUCGAUACAGGGGUUAGGCGGGGAGAACCUUAUUCCAUCUUGAGGAAGCCGCCGCCAUCUCGUCUUUCGGAGCAGGACACAAAUCCUAAGAAAACGCGAAGAAACAACUGAAAAGAGAGCCCUCCCACCGGCAAGGGCCGAGAUCCACAGCGCUGCCAUGGCCCUAAGGCCACCGGAGACGAGGUGGACCGCCAGCGGUGCCGGCGGGAGGCAGAGGAACCCUAGACUUUUCUUGGAGAGGAGGCAGCCCGCUUGAUCUCUGUGGAUAUCUGAAUUCAUCAGAAGCAGUUAUAUGUGUUCAGAAAAUUAUGAUCAUAAUUUGUAAGGCC